AAUGAGGAAAGGCGUAAGAAUUUAAAAAUUCCCGCGACGGCUGUGAUUUGUUCUCGCGAGAUCUCGCUCUUCUCUCCCCCUACAUCCCCUCCUUUCUGCUGCCUGCCGGUGGCGAUCGUGGGUGGGGGGAGGAAGAGGAGGUUGCUGCGCAGACAGAUACCGAUCGAGCGCCGUAGCAGCAGCGGCUCGAGCAGGCCUGGCCUAGCCCAGCGAGCCCGCCAGGCUGCCUCCGUUUUUCGUUCAACCGCCGCGGCGUCAGCAGGGGAGAGAUGUUGCUGUUCUGAUCAAAUACUCAGCGACGGGACCGAAGCGGUGACACCCGCCUUGGCCGCAGGUACCAGUGAAUCAUGCGAGACCUAACAGCUCAUGUAACCAGCAGUCUGCUGCAGUUUCCAGAAGUGACAGUACAAGCACUUGGGGAAGAUGAGAUAACGAUAGACUGUGUACUUCAUGGGAAAUUCACUGGCGGACGAAGUGGACUGGCUUACCUUGCGUGUGGACCUCAACUUGAGAUAGUUAAUCCAGCUACUGGAGAACGACUGUCUGCAUAUCGUUUUAGUGGUGUGACUGAACAGCCUCCCACUGUCCUUGCAGUGAAAGAGUUUUCCUGGCAGAAAAGAACUGGAGUAUUAAUUGGCUUGGAAGAAACAGAAGGGAGUGUUCUGUGUUUGUACGACCUUGGAAUAUCAAGAGUGGUUAAAGCAGUAGUUCUUCCUGGAAGGGUUUCUGCUAUAGAACCCAUAAUUAACCAUGGAGGAGCCAGCUUGACAACACAACACUUGCAUCAAAGUCUUAGGUGGCUGUUUGGUGUGGCUGCUGUGGUUACGGAUAUUGGACAUGUUCUCCUGAUAGAUCUUUGUCUGGAUGACUUGUCAUGUAGCCAGAAUGAAAUUGAGGCUUCUGAUCUUGAAGUUAUCACUGGAACCCCUCCAGAAAUCCCACAAAUUAGGGAAGCUAUAACAAGGAAAGGUCGGCAUCUCUGUUUCCAGUUAUUGAACCCAUCAGGAACUGCUGUGACAACCCUCUCAUACAUACACAGAAGCAACCAGUUGGUUGUGGGUUUUUCUGAUGGAUAUCUCUCGUUGUGGAACAUGAAAACCUUGAAAAAAGAAUAUCACUCCCAGUUAGAAGGAGGUAGAAUUCCAGUUUACGCCGUUACUUUUCAAGAACCUGAAAAUGAUCCUCGCAAUUGUUGCUACUUGUGGGCUAUUCAGUCAACCCAAGAAAGUGAAGGAGAUAUUGUGAGUUUCCAUCUACUGCAGUUGGCCUUCAGUGACAGAAGGCGACUGGCUUCAGGACAAAUCAUGUAUGAGGGUUUGGAGUACUGUGAAGAAAGGUACAGUCUAGACCUAACAGGAGGAGUUUUCUCUUUGAGAGGGCAAACUAGCAACACCAAAUUAAUUGGUUGUCAAACUGUGGAAAAAUUUCGAAGCCAUGUUGACAGAGAAGAUGGUAUUAAUGAAGUCAUAUCACCUGACACAAGUGUAUCUGUAUUCAGCUGGCAAGUGAACACCUAUGGGCAAGGAAAACCUUCUACCUAUUUGGGUAUAUUUGACAUAAAUCGUUGGUAUCAUGCUCAAAUGCCAGAUUCAUUAAGGCCAGGGGAAUUUCUGCAUAAUUGUCCCUAUUUUGCAUUGUGGUCCCUGGAUGCUGUAGUGAGCAUUACUUCUCCACAUCGCAUCUUGGAUGUCUUGGUGCAUGAACGAAGCUUUAAUCGUGGUGUGCCUCCUUCAUAUCCUCCACCCGAACAGUUUUUUAACCCAAGCACAUACAACUUUGAUGCUACUUGCUUGCUGAACUCUGGAGUUAUUCAUUUGACUUGCACAGGGUUUCAAAAGGACACUUUGCAUUUCUUAAAAAAAUCUGGUUGUUGCUUAAAUGAAGCUAUUCCUGAUGGUUAUAAUAGAUGUCUUGUCGCUGGCUUGCUUUCUCCAAGAUUUAUUGAUGCACAGCCUUCAAGCCUGAGUCAGGAAGAGCAGUUUGAAGCUGUAUUAUCAGCUGCUAUCCAAACUAGUUCUUUGGGACUCCUCACUAGCUGCAUCAAACAGUGGACCUCUGAAGAGCAACCAGAUUCUGCCCCAAACUUGCAUUUUGUUCUUGACUGGACAUGGAAUAAAGUAGUUAAAACAAAAGAAGAAUUUGUUCGCCUAUGUGCCCCACUAUUUGAUGGAUCAUCUAACUUUACUGAUCCACAAACUCUACAAUCUCUGCAGCAUUGUGAAUUGCUUCUUAGCAACCUUAGCACAGUUUUGAACUGUUUUGUAAUGGAAGCACAAGAACUGACAGAAAAAGGCAUUACAGAUCUAACAAACAAACAGCUUGUAACUAGUCUCCUUUCACAGUAUGUGCAAGUGGUCAUAUGGUUCUGUCGAUCCAGCCUUCUUCCAGAAAGUUCAGUAGAUGAAGAUAUGGAAUUGUCAAGACCUUUCUAUAAUUACCAGCAAAUACAGCGCUUUUAUGCUAGCUGUCGUCAGAAACUAGAACACUUAUCAAGAGGCAAAUGGAACCCUGAUUGUUUGAUGAUUGAUGGAAUGAUUUCCCAGUUAGGCGAUCCUGUUGUGAAGCUGUGGCAGAGAGAUGAUGGAGGGACAGGGAAAUACCCUCCUCCUACAUUGCAUGCACUACUUGAUCUCUACUUAUUAGAAAAUAUUGACGAACUCUACAAGCAUGCAACUACAAUUUAUUUGCUAUUGGACAUCAUGCACUCUUGUCCAAACAGGAAUGAUACUUCAGUGGAUUCUUUCCCAACUGUCUUUGCAGUCCCUUUAGGUCUGGUUAACUUAAUUCAAGGUUUUUGGUGUUUGGAUCACAAUGACUUUGAAAAUUCUUUGACCUAUCUGUUCCAUCCAGCUACAAUUAAAUUGCACUGGCAACACAUGAGGAUAAUUCAAGCACUGAUGUGUCAGGGAGAGCACAGGCGAGCCCUCCGAUACAUACAAACAAUGAAGCCAUCAAUGAUGAGCAGCAGUGAAGUUGCACUUCAUCUUACUGUCUUGCUUUUUAACAGUUGUAUGGUGGAAGCAUGGAGUGUGUUACGACAGCAUUCUACCCGGCUAAAUGUGGAAGAGAUGCUCAAACAUGUAUAUGAAAUCUGUCAGGAGCUGGGACUGAUGGAAGAUUUGCUAAAACUACCAUUCACGGAAACUGAACAGGAGUGCCUAGAGAAGUUCUUGCACACAAGUACUGGUGUUAACAAUCAUGAGUUCCUCUUAGUUCACCACCUUCAGCGUGCCAACUAUAUUCCAGCUCUGCAGUUGAAUCAGUCAUUGAAGACUAACCUCAUGAAUGAUCCCCGUUGGAGAGAGAGAUCAGUUGCCAGAAAUUCUAUAUUAGACCAGUAUGGGAAAGUUCUGCCUAGGGUACAAAGGAAGUUAGCUAUAGAAAGAGCCAAGCCUUACCAUCUGUCAUCUUCACUAAGGCGAGAAAUUUUGAGACCAAAGCCAUUAUCUACUGUUGCAAAGCAAGCUGCCACAGGAAAUGUAGUUACCAAAGCAACUUUCAUCAAUAAUGUGCUAUCCAAAAUUGGAGAGGUGUGGGUAGGAAAUGAGCAGAAAAAUAAGUCAUUUCAAAGUGACAUCUCUGAAGAACAGCCACCUAGAAAAGAUCUUUGCAGUGACACAGAGCUUCCAGAUCCAUUUGUUGGAACACCAGUUAUUAAGUCUUCAAGGAAACAUUCCAGAUUGCUUGACCUGGUGGUCCAGCCUGUUUCUCUCGAUUCACCAGCCCCUGGAAACAGUCUGCAGCUGUCACCAAGAGUUUCUGCUUCCUGUGUGCUUUCCAGUCCAUUGCAUUCCAACCCUCGAUGCUCUAUAAGAACAUUACUGCAUAAGAACUUUACAAGAGCUCCAGAAUUAAAAUUACUGGAAACACCCCCUGUUGUCAAGAGAGCUAAAGCUUUGACAUCAACAUCUUCCUCUGGCUUCACUCCUCAGUCUAUUUUGAGAUCCAGUGUUCGCACUACUCCUUUAGUUACUCCAACUGCAUCUCCAGCAAGGUCUAUUACACCCCCUCUACGUGCAAAAGAAACAAAAAUAUCAUUUAUGGAAGAAAGUGAAGCUUCACAAUGGACUGCUGGGAUGACAGAUCAUAAAACAAAACACAGUGCAAUUUCAUCUGAAUAUAAUUAUAAUCUUGAAGCUCAAAUGGAAGAUACGUGGACUAAGAAUAGAAAAACUCCCUCCUUUUCGGCAUGCAGGCCUCAGGAAAACCAUGAAGAAAUGGACCUGUUACCGGAAUGUAUACCAAGUGAUCCUUUGGAUAAAACUGAAUCCUCCAAAGAAACCAAUAACACUUUUGCUAAAUCAGCUAAAACUUCUUUGCAGUAUCAUGGCACAAAACCAUCAGUUGACUUAGGCGAUGGCACCUUCAUAGCAUCUCAGCCAGCAAAUAAUUUCUCCGAAGAUAUUGUAGAUGUACCAGAGUCAAUUGAAAGAGAAGGCACUGAAAUAGUGGGAAAUGAUUCAUUACAAACGGAACAGCAAAGUUCUGAAGAUGUAGAACAAUCAGCUGGGUUCCCAGAGAAACAGGACAAGGAAUGUGGCUCAAUUCUCGAGGAUGAAGUAGUUGUGAUGGGUCAUUUAAAUGUUAUUCAGGACACUGUAGUCUCCUUAAUGCCAUCCGAUGAAAGUAAUGUCCUAGAAUCCAGUAUGCCACCAUUGAUUGAAGACAACGGUCAUCUUGCUGAAACGAGUCCCCAAGCCUUGGAGCCAGGAGGAACAGAUGUUGAAUCUGUCAUCAGUAUUCCUGAUAGUGAAGAUGUUGCCAGUAUUCAUUCCAAAAAUGAGCUUGAUGAGAGAGAAGCAGUAAAUGAAGAUAAAUCAGAAGAAGUGGUUGAAGAAGAUGUUAUAGUAGUCCUGCAAGAAAAAGUACCACCUAAUGUUGAAGAUGUAAAUCUUAUUGGAGAUGAAAAGCAUGAAGUACAAGUUUCAGAAGCUUUAGUGGAGGCCUUACCAUAUAAUGAACUGUAUCCCUCCAAUAGUCUCAAAUUUCAAUACAACUGUGACACUGUAGAGCAGCAGGUCACGGGUGAAUUACUUGGCAGAGAUACUGAUGAAACACCCUUUACUGAAGGAGAUGGAGAUCUUCUAUCUCCGAACAACUUCACCCUAAUACUAGAAGGGGAUGAUGAAGCAGAGAUGGGAGAAUCUACUGUGUUGCAGACUGUUCCUGAUAAAUCAGCUAGCCCAAAACCAGAGGGUGAGGGCCUGAAUAACAUUGGAAGUAAUAUCCAAGAAUUUCCUACAAAUUCAGCAUCCACAGUUACUAGUGAUCAGAAAGCACUGAAUACUGCUGAAAUAUUGCCAUAUGACCCACAACCUAUCAGGACAGCUGCUGCUGAAAAUCUGCUGGAUGUAAUCAGAGUCACAAAUAAUGAAUUUUCAGCUGAAGUAGUGGAACAAUCUCCUCAGGAAAAUAUAAGCAAGAAGACUCCUCUCCAAAAUAUCCUGGAAACAAAGGAAGAUAUAAAAUUAAGUCAUUUGGUGAUGUCUAGUACCAGCACAACAAAGCAUUCAACACAAAGUCCAAAGGUCACAAAAUCUGAUGAUCAGCCAAUGACGAAGAUUGAGAAACCAGAGCUAUCAGUACUGCCCACUCCACGGAGAAGUGCUAGACGAGCCAAAGAGACUUCAGAUAUUCCUGGAAGCCUUCACCUCAGUCCUAAAAGAAAACAUCAUGAUCAGCAAACACCUCAAGCUAUUGCUUUUCCAGUCAAAACAAAGGAGUGUGACUUAGAAAUAGCAGCAGAUGUUCAUCCUAUUGCACAGGAGUUUCAGGCAACCAUUACUACAAGGAAAGGGGUUAGAAAACCAAAACAGCUUGCCGUAGAACCUCAUGAGCAGCCACCUUCUGCUCGCAGGAGAGCUGCUAGAACUACAAGAAAUUUAGCAGGAGAUCAAGAAAGUAGUCAGCUCAUCAUUGACCAUACAAUACAAAUGACAGUCAAUCCUAAAAGUACAAGAAAACUAAAAACUAUUGCUUUGCAUCUUGCAGAAAAUGUAAUUUCAGGUCAGGAGGUAGAAUCCCAUGAACAGCAGGUGAGUGCAAAACCAAGAAGAGGAAGGUCAAGAAAACAUGGCAUACUGGAAGUAAUAGCUCCAUCAGAAACAGAGCCGGGAAAUUUAACAUUACGUACACCAGUUAGAAGGGGUAGAUCUAAAAAGUCCAGUCUACCAGAAACAAGUUCUGAACCACAGCUUCUUGCACAAACGGAACAGGAGAAAACACAAAGCACAAGUAUAUCAGAAACUGUUCCUGAUCGAGAGGCUGAGCUUCCUGAACAGCUGCCUGUGCAGCGUAAAAGAGGCAGACCGAGAAAGAAUCCUUUCGAUGUUUCAGCAAAUGCACUGUUAGAUUUGUCUUUGUCAUCUCCACCUCCUCCUACAGAUACAAAACCUUCUGUCACUACUAGAAGAAAUACUCGGAGUGGGGCAUCAAACUUGUCUACAAGUGCAGGAUGUUUACCUUCCCUAGAAAGCUCUGCAGUGAGCACCACAACGAAGAGAUCUAGAAGAAUUAGAUCUGCAGGUGAAGAAAAAACAAAUGCAGAAAAAUCUAAUAUUGAUGAACACUCGGUCCAGCCAAGGGAAGCAGUUAUUUCAGCUAGGAGUUCUGAAAAGAAGCAGUCGAAGAUAACAACAAUCAGAAAGAGGGGUCAACUACCAUCUCUCUCUGAAGAGGGUACAGAGGAGGAAGAGCUCUUGACACAAACAACUGAUAAUGUAGCUGAAUUGCAGUCCACAGACAUGGCCAAACUGAGGCUUGAUGAAACAAGGAGAACCUUGACAGAUAAAAGGACCAGAUACAGCAAGAAGAGUGUGAAACAGAGCCUCUACUUGGAUGUAAAUGAAGCCUUCUAUUUUUCUCCUCCUCUUACAAAGCUCACAGAAAAAACGAAAGGUGAACAAGCAGUGACGCCUGUGCAGCUCAAAGGUUUAGAUGCAAGUUUGACUUCUCAGUUUGUCUUUUCACCUCCUGUUUUGAGGUCCAGGAAGAAGCAAGCAUCCACUAUUUCAAGGAUUGUGGAAAAUUUGGAAUUACCAAUUAAGGAAGAAAAGGAUGUCAUUUCAAUAGAAACAUUAGAAAAGCAGAAAGUAAAAAGAAGCAGAGCUACAAGGUCAAAAGCAAGCAAAGUCCUAGGGAAAGAUGGUAGUUGGUCACCACCACCAAUGGAAAUUAAAUUCAUUUCUCCUUUCGGAACCCCAGUAGAUGGAGCAAAAGGCAAGCAGAAAGAAGCUGUGGACAAAGCAGAAAAAGUUGCUCAAAAGACUCUUCGUAGGAAAGAGAAAAGACUGUCUAGCUAUCCAAAGCCAGUUGUUCGGAAGAAGAUGCUAUAACUGUUUUUAAAACUGUGUAAUAUACACUAAUGUUUGUAAAAUCAUCAGAAUUGUGUGGAAUAUUAAGAAAAAUCAUCUAAUUUGGAAGAUAAUUUAUAUAAAUUAUUGUAAAAUUUCAGAAAGCUAAAGGUCUUCAAUAAGUAACUCCAUGUGGAGUGUGAUUUCUUCAGUCAAUGCAGUUUUUCUAUUUUAUAAGACACUUCAUACAUUUAUAUUAUAUGUAAAUACAUCUUAUUUUAGGAAUGUUAAAUAAAAUGUAUACUUAACAAUGAUUAUUGUCCACUAGAUUUUUGAGAGAAUAUUAGGGUGUGCGUGAUGCAAACAGCUCAAAGGGGAUUUUAAUGAUGACUUGCCACUGCUAAUGCCUCCCUUAAAGGAGACUAAUAGUCUUUUUUUAAACAAAAAACCCCAGUUUGAACUUGCAAUGUUUUUAAAAAUUAAAAUUUGGCAGUUUUAGGAUUCAUAGGAAAUGUUUUGAUCUUUUGGGAAUUGGUAAUAGUUACCCAUUACAAAUGAAACCUUCCUCUCCUUACUGAUGAACAUGUACUUUAUUGAAGUUGGAAUGUAAACAAUUGUAUUGAAGCUGUGCAAUAUUUUUUGUAUUUGUCUUAACUUGGGAAAGCUGCUCUUCAGUUUAUAAAACAAAAUCUCACCUCAA